AUGGCCUACUAUCUCUUCCCCGCCCCCGGUGAGAAGGCCCAAAUCGCAGCGUCUCUCGGCGGCGGCGAAGAACCAAAUAACCCAACCGUUAUUCCUUUUGAUAUGCUCAAACAGUUUCACUUCACAUUUCUCAUUCGACAUCCCCGUCGCUCUGUUCCCUCCUACUGGCGAUGCUGUAUCCCGCCGCUGAGAGAAGUCAGUGGUUUUGAUUACUUCUUGCCCAGCGAGAUGGGAUACGAGGAGCUUGUCAAAUUUUUAGACUGGGCCAUCGAAAGGGGUCUCGUUGACAAGGACCGGUUGACAGUUGUUGAUGCGGACGACCUGCUUGAUAACCCUGAAGUCAUGAUCCGCAAGUACUGCGAGAGAACGGGUCUCGCGUUUGACCCGAGCAUGCUGAAGUGGAACGAUGCUGAUCAGGAGCAUGCUAAGAAGCUGUUUGCGAAGUGGAAUGGCUUUCAUGAUGAUGCCCUCAGUAACAGGGAACUCAAGGGCAGAACCCACGCCCAGAAAACACUCACUGUUGAGGCCGAAAACCAAGACUGGGAAGCCAAAUACGGCAAGGAGGCCCAGAAGAUCAUCCGCGAGACUGUUGAUGCUAAUAUUCCCUUCUAUGAGUACCUCAAACAGUAUUGCAUCAAAGUAUAA